CCUUUCUUCCUGCUGCAAUGCCUGCUCGCUCACUUCUGGCUCUGUUUUAGUGGGCUCUCCCUUCCCUGCACUCACUUCUCUCUUCUCCCGUCCUCCUCACCACCCCCCUACAUCCCCUCCCCUCCCUCCUGGCAGGCCACCGUUUCAUGGAGGCGGGACAGCAAGCGAGCACCUGGGGGUAAGCCCCUUUCCUUCUGCUGUAAUGACUGCUCGCUCACUUUCUGGUUGAAUUUCGUGAUUGGCUCUUCCUUCCCUGCACUCAAUUUUCACUUCUCCCUUCCUCCUCACCAACCCCUCCCCCUCCCUCCUGGCAGGUCACCUGGCAGCAAGUGAGAGCGGUGCAGCAGAGCCUGUAGCUGAGCGCGGUGCAGCAGCAGCAGCAACUGCGGCAGCAGCACUAGUGGAUCCUGAUGCAAGGGAGAGUAUCUGGAGUGGGCUCGGCUGUUCAAGGCAGGUAACUUGGCAGCAGCAAGCCAAGUCUGCAGCAGAACCUGUAGCUGAGGUCGGCGCAGCAGCAGCAGCAGCACUGCAUUCGGCAAUGAGGGAGAGUAUCUGGGCUCGGUUCGGCUCCUAAAGGUACAGGUAUGGUACAGGUUUGGUAUGGUAUCGGUACAGGUAUGGUAUAGGUGCAGGUAUGGCGACAUUCCCCUCAUUCCCCUCCUCUUUCUCCUCCCUGCCUCCUUCAGCAGCUGCCCACCCCUUGGUGCCCUGGACUGGAGCAAGUUGAGGAGCAGAGGAGAGUUUCUCACACCCCCCUCCUCUUUCUCCCCAGCAGCUGCGCACCCCUUGGUGCCCUGGAGCAAGAAGGGGAGCAGAGGGGAGUCGCUCACACCCCCCACCCCCCUCCAUUCCCCCAGCAGCUUCGCAUCUCUUGGCUGUGCAUGGUGGUGGUAAGUGAGGUACACGUGUCAAGCACUCUGUGUCCAAUCGCAAUACCCGCGCGUUAAUGCAUAAUGGGCCCAUGGCAGACCAUUGCGGCCGAAUGGUUCUGUCUCGUGCCAGCUCUUGCCACGCCGGUGAGGGGUAAUUGGAUCUUGGGCUUACCGUGUGCUUGCCUCCUGCCUCGCUUGGCGCCUCAACGCAAUGGG